AGACCAGACCAGACCAGACCAGACAAGACGAGAACUAGACGCUACCUUCGCUUCGUUUCCAUCACCUCACCUCACCUCGCCUCACCUCGCUUCCAUGUCCCAGCCAGCCUCCAACACGGGAGCGUCGCCGUCCGAGGCCGACCCGUUCCUUCGGCCCCACCAAAUCUACAACGAGAAUGCCUCGGUCGAAGAGCUCGAGCAGAUCUACUACCGCUUCCAGUCGCUCAAGCAAAAGACACUACUGGAACUCGGGACCGCCACCAAGAACGCCGCCGAUUUUUUCGAGCUUUGCGUCGACCGGCACCAGGAUGCCUUGGCCGUGAUGGCCGUCGACCACGAGGCCCGCUAUACCUUCCGACAGCUCGACGAGGCGGCCAACCGCAUCGCCUGGUGGGGGCGGCAUGAAUGCGGGCUCCAACAACUCGACGUCGUCGCGCUGCUGAUGGAAAACCGGCCCGAGUUCCUGGCGUUCACGAUGGGCCUGGCCAAGAUCGGCGUGACUAUCGCCCUGAUCAACACCAACCUCAAGGGCGCACUGCUGCUGCAUGCCAUCCGCACGGCCAAGGCCAAAUGUGCCGUGGUGUCGAUGGGCAAGCUCGGCAACUGGUCCUCGCUCGGCAAUCUGGGCAGCCUUGGAGGCAGCGAGAAGAGUGGAGACGAUGAACAGGCCCAGCCGCUGCCGCCCGUCUGGAUCUACCAAGGCGAGGGGCAGACCAUCCCGAGCAGCGAGCUGGAUCGACUCAAGCAUGAACACGGAUGGGCUCGCUGGCAUGCCCUGCAGCCCGAGCUCCUGGCCCGCCAGAGUGCCGAACGGCCCAAGGCCCAAGAGCACCGCAACCAGGUCCACGAACGCACCCCACACUACUACAUCUUUACCUCGGGCACGACAGGUCCGUCCAAGGCCGCAAAGUUCUCGCACCGGCGCUUUGUUGGCUGCGCGGUGACAUGGGCUGGCCCAAGCGGCCUGCGCAAGGGCGAUCGAUACUAUAUCACACUGCCCUUGUAUCACGGAAACGGCGGCUGCGUCGCUGUUGCUCCCUGUUACUUGCUUGGCAACCCAAUCGUCCUGAGGGAAAAGUUUUCGGCAUCCAAUUUCUUCAAGGAUAUUCGUGAGCACCAGUGCGUUGCGACCGUCUACAUUGGCGAGCUCUGGCGAUACCUCUACCUCCAGCCUCCCAGUGCUAUUGACGGCACCCCCGAGUUCAGCCCGCUCCGGGUUGCCAUCGGCAACGGACUGCGACGAGAGCUCUGGACCGACAUCACGCAGCGAUUCUACAUCCGACAGGUGGUCGAGCACUACGGCAGCACCGAGAUGCCCGGCGACGCGGUCCUCAACUUUUUCAACCACCCCGGGUCGUGUGGAUUCCUGCCCGAGAGCGUUGCUCGGGAAAAGUCGAUGACGGGCGAAGGCGGCAUCCUGGUGCAGUACGACGUUGAAGAAGACCGGGUGGUGCGAGACGAAGCGACACAGCAUUGCGUGCCGUGCGAGCCCAACCAAGUUGGCGAAAUGAUCAUGAGGCUGCCCGGAGGACUCUAUGACGGAUACGUUGGCCAUGUGGCGACGAGGCGCAAGCUGUACGAGAACGUGUUCGAGAAGGGCGACUGCUGGUGGAGUAGUGGCGACUUGCUCAAGGUCGACGAGAAGGGGUUCUUUUUCUUUGUCGAUCGAGCGGGCGACUCGUACCGCUGGAAGGGCGAGAAUGUCUCGACGAACGAGGUGCAAGCUGUUGUCGCGGCGUUUCCAGGAAUCGCCGAGUGCAACGUUUACGGCAUCCAGAUCCCCAACACCGAGGGACGAGCCGGAAUGGCAUCGAUCCACCUGACAGGGCCGGGCGGCGCCGAGACGUUCGACUUUGGGGGAUUCGCCCGACACCUCUCGGAGAGCCUGCCAAGCUAUGCGCACCCGGUCUUUCUGCGGUUCCGCGAAUCCGAGAAUGAAAAGACAAGCACGCUCAAGUUCCAAAAGUUCAAGUACAGCCAGGAGGGCUUUGACUUUCGCAAGUUUGCGGGCCCCGGGCAGGACCGGGUGUACAUGCUGGAGACAGCCCGGCGCAGCUUCAUCCCCGUCGAUAACGCUGUGCUUGAGCGGAUCGAGCAGGGAGGACACUACCGGUUCUGAGAGCGUGUGAUCUCGCGAUAGGACCUUGCGGAGGCGGCGGCGGGAGCGGCGGGCGCUCAUGCCCAAGCGCAGACCCGAGGCAGGCCGGUUGGCGCCAGAGAUAGGAAACGAAUACAGACUUUCACGAGUCAGGGCCUGAGCGGCCAGCACGACGAAA